AUGCUACAAACAAGCGCGAACUCCAAAUGUAUCAGGGCUAAUGUGUCUUCUCUGGCCGUCUUACCCGCGGCAACUUUGCCAAAACCCGGCAAGGCGCUCUUUCCAUGGCGCGGCAUUCAGUCCAGGCGACAGGCCCCAGCCGGGACCACACCCGCGCGCUACCCCCUAAAGGCACUGCAAGAGGACGCUUCCGGCAUCAGCCAAGGCGUGUCCGUUGCAACCACCUCAACGGACAACGGUCAACCAGCCAACGACGCGCCCGCAGCGGCGGCAACCGCAGCUGCUACCGAUGGCGCCUCUGAAGCACCGAGUGCCCGCACCGCCCAUCUCGAGGGGGGAAACGGGGCGGCAGUUGCUGCCAACAGCAACAGCAGCAAAAGCCAAAGUGACGACCAUGGCGCCUGGCGCUGGGAGGAAAGCGAUGAUGCUGUACGGGCGUACGGCUCACUGGUAGCUCUGCUGGCGCUCGGCAACUUGCCCGUACUCCACGGUACCAAGCUGGCAGAUCUGCCGUACUUUGUAGGCCUGGCGAUUGUGACGAUUUACAUUGGAGCCCAUCGAGGCCUUACGACGCGACAGCGGCAGCAGAUCUCCAUUAAAGAGGGUAUUUUGGCGCCAGUAUUGGCAUCUGUGAGUCUGUUCGGGUUCUACCUUCUUAUCAAGUACUUGCCGGAUUUCAACGUGAAGGCCUUCUUGAACGCGUAUUUUUGGAUGUUGGGGACGUUUGCCAUCGGCGGCGCAGCAGUGCCCGUACUCCGAAAGGUGGGCGGUCCAUUGGGUGAGCUAAACCUCAAGUUCAAGUUGCCAGAGGGUUUGCUUCUGGACGAGGACGGGGCGAGCAUCACUGAGGCCGAGGCCGCCCCCACGGACCUGCUGGCCGUGGCUCUGGCUCUGGGGCUGUCCUCGGCGGAGCUGCUCUCCGGCCACACAAGCUUCACCCUCAACAACCUGGUCGCUACCUUGGUGGCCACGGAUAUACUGCAGCUCAUAGGCCCUAGGAGCUUCCGUACGGCAGGGCUGUUGCUGCUGGGCCUGCUACUGUACGACGUGUUCUGGGUAUUUGGCUCGCCCAAGGUGGUUGGGGAUAACGUAAUGCUGGCGGUUGCCACUUCGGACAUGGUUUCGGGGCCCACUCGCAUCCUCUUUCCCCGCACCCUCGACGGCGGGAGCACCGUAGAAGCCGCCGCCGCGGCCUUCCCGUACUCUCUCCUAGGCCUGGGCGACAUCGCCAUCCCUGGACUGCUGGCCUGCCUGGCGCUCAGGUACGACGCCUCGCGCUCGACGGACAUGCGGGCGCGGGCCGUGGCUGCAGCGGAAGCGAUCACUUCCGCUUUGGCGGCGCUUGAGCCUGGCGCCACAAGCCGCCAGAUCGCCGACGCCACCGCCGACGCGGCCGAGGCGGCGUACGACAGGAUCGCUGACCAAGAGGCCCGUCAACGUACGGCAUCAUUGGAUGGAACCAAUGCAGCAGGUCACGGCAGCGGCGGCGGCGUUGAUCACAGUACGGCAGCGGCAGCGGCGGCGGCGGCGGCUGCCGCAACCCGUGGUGCGUCGCUUCUGCUCGAUAUGUCUACCGCCGCCGCCGGGGGCUCUGCGACCCGGGCUUCCGCGCGCACCAGCCGGGGCGCGUCCAUUUCAGGUCGCAGUGGUGGGGAUUCGAACCCGACUCCGGAUGCCAAGGUUUCUAAGAGCAGUAACACCAGCACUGCCUCUUUCUCCCAGUCUUCAUCCCUUUCCCCACCUGGGCCAGAUGUCAACGGCUCCGGUACCUCAGGACUGUCCCCGCAGGGAACUCAGCCGCGACUGCCGGUUUCGGAGGCAGUGUUGUACCAACGCAAGUACUUCACUGCCGUCAUGUUUGCGUACGUGCUCGGGCUGGUGGGCGCCUUUAUCGCUAACGACGUGACGGGCCUCGGCCAGCCGGCGUUGCUGUACAUCGUACCGACGACGCUAGGUGCUGUCGUACUUACAGGUGUACGGCGCGACGAGCUUGGGCGGCUUUGGAGCUUCACAGACGUGCCGUCGUACGGGCUGCAGCAGGGGAAGGCGGGGACGGAUGGGACGAAGGGUCCAACCCUUGGCGUGGCGGCCCGGGAGCGUGGCACUGGCCGCGGGUAG